AUGUCCACCCAAUCCCAACCCCCCAAAGCACAACCUACACCCAACCCCAAAACCCCAUCUCGCAGACCCCCCUGGAACAACACAAACAACGCACCCGCCACCACGGCGAUAAUUGGCACCCUCUCCGAGCUUACCCAAUCCCGCCAACAGCAACAACGCGACCUCCACUUUGCGGCCGACGUGGACACGCAAUACGGCGUAGAGCAGCAGCCUAAUGAGGGGAGUAUCGCGGCAAACGUUGAGGGGAAGAGUGCCCGUGCUAGUGACCAGGCGGGGGCUCAUGCUGGGCCUGUGGGGAGUGCGUUGGGGCCGGGAUAUCCUGCUUCUGCUUCUGCUGCUGCUGCUGGGGAUGGUGGGGAGGUGAGGGAGUUGGGGAGGAAGGAGGUGCAUGAGUGGAUGCUUGGGGAGAGGGUUGGGCGGUCGCCUACGGAGCCGGAUGGGGAUUUUGAUGGUGGUUAUGAGAGGGAGGAGGAAGUUGAUGCUGGUAGGGCUGUUAGGGAGGGGACGGGGAGUGCGGUUGUUAGGUGA